AUGCUGGUGAACAUCUCUUCGGAUAUGUAUGUGGGACUGCAGAACCUGAUGUACCUUGAUCUUUCAUACAAUCGCAUCUCCAAAAUAGCUUCUGGGUCUUUCAAAGACAUGACAAGCCUAAACAGUCUCUACCUGCAUGGGAACAACUUGCCUAAUAUCACUGUUGAGUUUUCUUCUGGGCCAAUUUCACUCCAAACCCUUCUUCUGUGGAACAGCAAAAUUGUGAACAUAGCUCCCGGGGCUUUCAGCAACCUGACGUACCUGAAAACCCUCGAUCUAUGGGGGAACAGCAUCUCAAGCAUCUCGUCAGACACCUUCAAAGGGCUUGGACAAUUAGGAACGCUUUAUCUUGGCUACAACCAGAUCUCCAGCAUACCUCCGGGGACCUUCAACAACCUGUCGUCACUCUACGAACUCGAUCUAUGGGGGAACAGAAUCUCAAGCAUCUCGUCAGACACCUUCAAAGGACUAGGAAGACUCGGUUUACUUUACCUUGGCAACAACAGGAUCUCCAGCAUUGCUCCUGGAACCUUCAGCAGCCUGACGUAUCUGUACACCCUCUAUCUGGAUGGGAACAGCCUCACUAGCAUCUCUCCUGAUACCUUUGCCGGAGUCGGGAACCUCCAAUAUCUGAGUGUUGGCUACAACCAGAUCUCCGGCAUACCUCCAGGAACCUUCAGCAGCCUGACAUUACUGCGUGGUCUUGACAUCCAUGGCAACAACAUUUCCACCAUCACAGUAGAUGCAUUUUAUGGACUGAAGAAUCUGGGAAGCCUGUAUUUUGCCUCAAGCAACAUCUCAAACAUUGCUCCCGGGGCCUUCAGUAGUCUAACACUACUUUUGGAUCUAGAUAUCUCCAUGAACAACCUCUCG